AUGUCUGAAGAUAGCUUCGACUGGCUUGGAGGAGACGUAGAUGCAGAUGCAGAUGAGUUUAUUCCUGCACCUAACCGGAGCUUGCAUACAAAUUACUUGAUAGACAUUCUUGGAGGGAUGUUCUAUUCGAUUUUGGGUGUUUCUUUAGGAUUGAGACUGAUGCUUUAUGCAUUUGGAGCAGAUCCAUAUGUACUUGGCCUGAGCUUAAAUGUCAUACUCAUGAGCAUCACUGUUGGAUCGCUCCUAUUCAUAGUGCUUGCAAUCCUGAGAGAUGCGUUGACACUUAUGGUGAUCAACAUGCGUCUUAUUGAGAACUCUGAAUCAAAUACAAAACUACAAAAGCUCGCCAUGCUUUCUGUGUGGAUUCUGUGCUGUAUGUAUUGGUUGAGAUAUGUGAAAAUUGUUUAUGGAUAUCAGUUUGACAUUGCUAGGAGGAUUUUUGUUGCAGCGUUGAUAACAUCGAUUGCAUAUUCGGUGACUACGCUGGCAAUAGCGUACUUUGAAACGUUCUUCAUGAAGCGAACACUGCACAGUAAGCUCGAUGAUGUCAAGAAGAGCGAGAGAAUCUUGUGUGCAAUGAAGAAUUACAGAUAUGACAUUUCAGAAUCUGUAAGCAUGGCAACACCUGAAUGUUCAUGCAAAGACAUGUUCUGUUUUAGAAUGGCAUCGGCUGAAAAUGCACCAAGGGGCAGAAGUGGGGAGUGUGAGGAAGGAUUCCACAAGUUUGCAGGAGGCCUGAGGAUCAAUCCUCCAGAGCUGCACGGAGUGAUGGAUUCAAAAACACUUGCAAGAGAUGUAUUUGUGAGGGCAAGUAAGGGAAAGGAAGAGCUUUCAUUCGAUGACUUCAGCGUGAUUUUUCCAAGUGUGCAAGAUGCAUUGAAUGCAUUUGCAUUUUUUGACUCAAACAAUGACAGAAUGAUUUCGAAGAAGGAGUUCCAGAGCACAAUAGUUUACUUCUAUAUGGAGCGAGUGAAUCUGGAGAGAAAUGUCAAAAGGGCUGAGGACUUCAUUCGUGUUAUUGCAAACACAUUGAUUUCUGUAGUAUUUGCAUGCCUGUGCUUUACAUACAUGAUCGUAUUUGGAAUUCCACUAAAGGAGUUACUGGCAUUGGCACUAAGUGGAGCGCUUGCAUUCAACCUGGUUGCAAGUGGAAUUGUUUCUGAUGUGUAUUACAACUUUAUGAUGUUGAUAAGUCACCAGUUUGAUGUUGGAGAUGAUGUAGUAGUGGAUGGAGUUGAUUAUAAGGUUUAUGAGUUUGGUCUAUCUAACACAUCAUUAGUUGGCGAGAAUGGAGGAAAGAUAAAGCUUCUUAACAGUGAUCUGUGGAAGAAGAAUCUGAUCAACAUGACUCGUGCGCCAGAGAAGAUCAUUGUGUUCAACUUUGAGCUGGAUCCAAACAUAGAAGUCGAUACGUUUAUGCGAUUCAAGGUCAAAAUACAUGAAUUUGUAAAGUCAAGGCCUUUUGACUAUGACGAUUCGUUUUCUCUGCAGGCAAAGACAGAAGGAUUCACCAGCAUUGAUGUGCUCAGUUGUCUGAUGAUUCUCAAGUGCAAAGGAUACAAGAAUAAAUCCAAGAAGUUUCUACUCAGGGUGGAGAUGACUACUUUCUUACGUUCAUUAAUAGCAGUGAUGGGCAUUGCUGCGCCGAAAUGA